AUGACAAAGCUUUACAAAAUGUGCAUAUACUCUUCUGUUGGCCUUGCUUCAUUUCUUGCAGGAAUAGUAAUUAUAUACGCAUAUUUGAAGAUUAGAGGCCUAAGAAAGCAUCCUGGUAUGCUCAUUCUUUGGCAGUGCGUCGCUCAAACUAUAAUAGAUGGCCAAUGAGCAUACACAGCUUUUUAUUAUUGAAUAACUGGAAGUGAGCCUUCAGAUAUAGCUUGUCAAAUUCAAGGAUUAAUAUCCCUCUAUUGCUUCAUUAUGAGCUGAAAUUAUAGCUUAUGCUUAAGUAUAGAAGUUUUAUUAACGAUCAGAACUCCUACAAAGAGAAAUUAUUCAAAGCUUGCCCCUAUCUAUCACUUUAUUUGUAAUGCUUUUGCUUUAGCAAUUUUAAUUGCUACCUUAGUCACUGAAGCUGCAGGAAAAUCUGCAACUGGUUCCUGCUUUAUAAGGGAAGGUACCUGAGCAGUGUAAAUUAUAUAUAGGAAACUUAUGGUUGUGCCAUUUGCUAUAUACUUCCCCUUUAGCAUAUUCACAGUUGUUUAUUCUUGUAUAGAAAUUCAAAGAUCUAGAUCUGAAAGGCUAACUUCCCCCUCCGUGAGUGAACAAAACCAUUGGAAAAAUCCCUAUUUUUUGCCCAAAAACCCACCCUCCAUGAGUGACAAAAAUUUUUUAUGGAAAAAAAUUUUGAUAUAUAAGUGAUAAUUAUUAUAAUGAAAUCUAGAGCUAAUUCUGUUUAAUUUUAAACAAAUUGCUUUUUAAAACAUAAAUUUUAUAAAUUAAAUUAAUAUUUACUUUCCAAUUUUUGCGAAUUAGAUUUUUUUUAAAUUUCGAAAAAAAAAAUUUUAUAAAGUUUAUAUAUAUAAUUUUUUUUAAAAAAAAAAAUUAAGCCCUCCGUGAGUGAACAAAAUUUUUUGUUCACUCACUGAGGGGUGGAGUAAGAAAUUUUCUUUUAAAACAUUGCUUAUUUUUAGUUGUUUACACUUUAUUUUGAAUUCCUAUUAGCUUGCAUAUAGAAAUAACUGACGAUACAGGGGAUAAUUUAGGCUGCUUUUUAUAUAUUUCAAUAUUCUGUGCAAGUGCUUCAGGCCUAGCUAUAAAUACUGUGAGACUUUCUGAUCCUGUUUUUAUCAGAUAUAUUAAAAGAAAGCUCGGAGGGCUUCAUUUUAGGCAUGCUCCUGACUUAGUGACCUCUAUUUUAACUGAUACCCAGCAAGGAGAAAGUGGAAUGUCAAUGGUAGAGACUACAAGGAUGAGUUUUUAUGAGUCCUCAUAUACACAUGUAUUUAAUACUAUUUUUGCAGAUACUGUACUUAAUAUGCUCAUGGCAUUUAAUGUUGUGUUUAAAAAGUCAAAUAAGGAAAUCGAUAGAGUCAACUUUGAAAGAAAGGAUUCGUGGAGGUAAAAACUAAGCAGCGUUGAUUUUUAUAAACAAUUUUAUGUGUAUGAAAUUAAUCCUGACGAUAUUUUUAGGCUUGGGCUUGAUGAAGUUAUUUCAGUUCACUGUAUUUAUUAACUCCCACCUCUUAAAGAGCUAGAAAAGCUAUAGGGAAAAUCUACAAUUAAUAAAAACUCCUCCACCUUUUAAUAGCCAGAAAAUUUUAUAUAUAAUUAAUAAUUGAUUGAUAUAAUGAGACCUCAAGAAUUCGAUUUGAUUUUGUACAGCUUGCAUUCCAAAACAUAAAUUUUAUUAAUUAAUUAAUUAGAUUUUUUUUCAAGUAUUUUCAAAAAUGGAUUUUUUAAAAUACAAAAUAAAUUAACCUCAAGAGUGAACAAUUCUUGCUCAUCUUAAAGAUCGAAAGUAAGCAGUUAAAAAAUUUUAUUGUAAAGUGACAGAAUGGGCACCGUUAGUGUUCAGAAAUUUAAGAUAUGUAGAAGGGAUAACUGAUGAUGAUCUUUUGAGGUCAUUUGAUGUCGCAUUAAAUCUUCCGGCGAUAAAAAAAAAUACUGGAAAUAGAGGCGGCCGAAGUUCGGCUUUUUUUUAUUUUUCGUAUGAUAAAAAAUAUUUUAUCAAAACAAUUUCAAAGCAAGAGCAAAAAGUUUUACUAAUUUCCUUGACUCUAACUCCCCCCUCCGUGAGCGCGAACAAGAUUUUUUUGUUCGCUCAUGGAGGAGCUUUUUUUUUUUAAAAACAUUUAUAUAUAAAAUUUUAUAGAAAAUUUUUUUUUGGACUUUAAAAAAAUCCCACUUCUCGAAAAUUGGAAGGUAAAUAUUAAUUUAAUUUGUAAAUUUAUGUUUUAAAAUGCAAUUUGUUUUAAAAUUAAGCAAAAUUAGCUCGAGAUUUUUUUAUACUAGUAUCACUUAUAUAUCAAAAUUUUUUCCCAUAAAAAAUUUUUGUUCGCUCACUCAGGGUUGGGCAAAAAGUAGGGAUUUUUUCUAAUGGUUUUGUUCGCUCACAGAGGGGGGAGUAAGGAAAUAUUUUUCUCAUUAUACUAAUAAGGAAAUUACUUACUAUCAGAGUAGUCAUUGGAAAAAUCCUAUUUAAUAAGAAAGUUUAUUUACUUAAGGUCGAGCAAUAAAAUUUAUUAUAUAAACAUAAUUUUUUUAUAUAUAAUUAAUAAUUAUAAUUAUAUCACUUGCUUAUUCUAUUAAAUUUAGACAGCUUGCAUUCUCAUACUUAUUUUUUAUAAUUAAUUAUUUUUAUAAAUAAAAGUUUUAAAAAUAAAAUUAUCCCAAAAAAUAUUAAUUUUUUUAUAAAAAUUAAAUAUAAAGGAUUGAUUUUCUCUUUGCAUAAGUUUAUAUUAUUAUUUAGAGGAAUAAGUCUCCUUCUCCCUGAAUAUCAUACCCACAUAACUACUCAUCCAAACUCCCUUAUAGCUCGAACACUAGGCUUUUUCUCUCUAAAAGUUCAAGGCAUUCAUCUCAGACUCCUCUUGAUGCAAAAUAUUUUCCCUUUAAAUUCCCAUAAAAUUGCCUUCGACCUAAAAGGAAGCCGACUCGACAGACAAUCCAUAAAACACAGUGGAGUGAUGUCCACAAAAGAUUUAAUCGGAGAUUGUAUAUAUAAAGACCUAGAUUUUUUGCAUACCCAAAAGUACGUUUAUCUUCCAUAUGAUGAUGCUUUAUUUCUAAAGCAAAGAAUAUAUGAUGAUGUCCAGCUUUUCAGUAAGCUAAAUAUUAUGGAUUAUUCAUUGCUGCUCGGAAUUGCAGAAGACCCAGUAAAAGAUUGGAGAUAUUUUAUGCAAGCAGCAACGUCUGAGUAUGAAAGUGGCUAUAUUAUGGGGAUUAUUGACUAUCUACAGAUUUAUAAUAAGGCUAAAAAGUUUGAGACUUUUAGCAAAAAUCUAUCUCCCCACUUGAUUUAAAGUAAACCUUUUAUGAGUUUACUAAUUUUUUAUUUUUAAGAUAAGAUUAUAUUAGAAAUAUUUUUAAACUUAAAAUUUUAAUUUGAAAAUAACUUAUUAAUUAAAUUUAUGCUAUAUUUUAAAAUUAAAGAAAUUUUAUCAUUCAUAGAGGAGGCUAAUUCCUAAAAUCAGAUUUUCAAUGGCUUUGAAUGAUUAUAGAGGAAGUAAGAAUUGGGAUAAAAAAGCACGAAAUUAGUUCAAUCUGUAGUGAAGAGUACCGGGACCGAUUUUUAAAAUUUUUGGAUUCUAUAGUGAGUAUGGAGCCAAAUGAAAAUAAAAAUAGUUUAAUAAGUGAAAUUACUUUUUGUUUGUGUGUGAUUAAUAAUUAA